CCCCCCUAGCACCCGCCGCGCUCGUCCCCCACCUCGAUUUGAUCGAUUUCUCGUUACCGACGACUAUAGAUCGGCAAAUCUACGGUUGUUGCCGCCGUCGCCGGAUUCGACGCACCUAGUCACCGACGCAAUCGCGUUUUGGAGAGAUUGGACGGGGAUCGAACAGGGCAUCCACCUCGAGCUCUACCCGCUGCCUCUCGGUAUGUCCUCCUCUCACCGCUCGCAUCUCACAUGUCGGCCGACCGUCGGCACAACAACGUCCGCUCGUCGGCCAGGCUCGGCCCUCGCCCAACAGCUCGUUGGCGAGCCUUUGCCGAUAAUCAAGUGUGACCACUGCUGGUGGCUAGUGGUGCGCCACGUUUCAAGCAUGCCGAAACACCCCGGAUGGGUUUUCUUCAAGUGCGAAAAGGACGGAGACGGAUGCAAAUUUUGGUAUUGGGAAGAAUAUAUUGAUCUAUUGAUAGCAAGAAAUUUGCUUGAUGUUGGUGCAUUAGUUGCUAGAGAUGAAGCUAUAGAGAAUGCAAUGUUCAAGUUUGAAGAGGAAGAGAAGAAAGAACUGUGCAAGCUCGAGAAGCUGAUGGGGAAAAGAAACAAUGUAGUCAAUCAAGAGAUGGAGAAAGCAUUGAUCGGAUUAACAUGAGCAGUUAAGGAAGUAGUGUUUCUAUUAAAAUGUGUAAUUUUUCUACUCCCUCCGUUCCUAAAUAUUUGUCUUUCUAGACAUUUCAAAUGGUUACAAUAUAUGGAUGUAUGUAGACAUAUUUUAGAGUGUAGAUUCACUCAUUUUACUUUGUAUGUAGUCAUUUGUUGAAAUCGCUAGAAAGACAAAUAUUUGGGAACGGAGGAAGUAGUAGUUUUCUUUGGAUUGGUUCUCUUAGUGAAGAAUUGGUGGAGUAUGUAAUCAGAUGAGUGGUGAAGUCUAA